AUGUUCUCAAGACCGUGUCUUUCCACUCGCCUCUUUAACCCGACUUUUAUCACCCGAUCAAAAUCCACCAAGUCCAGCAACAUCAUUCCGAUACUGUCUACACCCAGAUUGACCUAUAAUCCCCCUCCUCGACUGGCAAUUCCCCAGAAAAAUGAUACUAGCCCUGCAGCAGGACGCACGGUUCCUGUGAUGUACAAUAUCGUAAAUGCAGCAUAUAGGCGGUUAUCUGUCAUACUCUCUCAGAAUAACCUUCGGCGAGAGGUACGAAGGACCAUGGCUUAUGAGAAACCGACCGUGAAGAGGAAGAGGAUUAAAAGUAUGCUGAAUCGGAGAAAAUUUGCUAAUGUGGUCGGGAAGAAGAUUGCUUUGGUAUUGCAGAUGAAGCACAGGGGGAUAUAA